CCCUGGAAUUUCACUAUAAGUAAAUGUGCAAAGAAAGGGAUCGCAUCAGUCAGAUUAACGUGUCCUGCUGCAUGGCUCACCACAUCUAAAACAGUAAUUAUAUUUAAAUCUCAACUCACUAAUCUGUAUACAUUGCUGCCAGUCGAUCAUUACUCCUUACUUGGAAAGCUGCGAAAAGAAAAAACAGCGUGAGACAAUUGGAUCUUUUUUUGAGGUUGGAGUAAGCUGCAUUGUGGCUUCUCAACUUUUUUUUUUUUUUACGAAUGAAAGUUUCUAUGAGGUGAUUGUUUGGGUAGUAAUUAGUAGUUCUUGGCGUUGGUGCAUAUGACGUGAUUCCUGCUCCAAGUUUGCUACGAUCUGGACUCCCACCUCGGUGGGACAGGACCCCUGAGUCUCCAAGACCUUAACACGCAACUUCACAAGUGAAAAGGACCCAAGGUGCUAUGAAGAUGAACCCUGUGCUUCUGUUAGCUUUUGUUUCACUUUGUGUGGCUGAUUAUCCUGACAUGGAUCAUCACAAAACCAUCUACAUUUCAGAAAAUGGACCUCGCCUCUUUCUGCAAAUGGAACAAUCAAAAGUCAUUUCUUACCGUGGUGGAAAUGCCACAUUGCCUUGCAAGUUCCAUCGAGAAGCUAGCUCUGGCAAUGGGAAUUCUCAGAAGACAAGAAUCAAGUGGACAAAGCUUACAGCUGAUUACCUCAAAGAGACAGAUGUUUAUGUUGCAAUGGGUGUUCAUAGAAAAAGCUAUGGAAGUUAUCAUGGACGAACAUUUCUGCAGGGAGCCAGUGAGAAUGAUGCUUCCCUUAUUAUCACAGACAUCACUUUGGAUGACUAUGGAAAGUACAAAUGUGAAGUCAUUGAAGGCUUGGAAGAUGACACAGGUGUUGUUACAUUGGAUUUACAAGGUGUUGUAUAUCCAUAUUUCCCAAGAAUUGGCCGCUACAACCUAAACUUUAAAGAAGCUCAACAGGUCUGCCAAGAUCAAGAUUCAGUGAUUGCCUCAUUCGAUCAGCUGUAUGAUGCAUGGAGAGGUGGACUGGACUGGUGUAACGCAGGCUGGCUAAGUGACGGCUCUGUGCAAUAUCCUAUUACCAAACCUAGAGAACCUUGUGGAGGCAAGGACACUGUCCCAGGAGUGCGCAACUAUGGAUAUCGUGAUAAGGACAGAAACCGUUAUGAUGUUUUUUGUUUCACCUCCAAUUAUAAAGGUCGCUUUUACUACCUGAUACAUCCGACUAAGCUGACCUACGACGAAGCAGUGCAAGCCUGUCUGAAAGAUGGAUCUCAAAUCGCCAAAGUGGGACAGAUGUAUGCAGCCUGGAAGCUGAUGGGAUAUGACCGCUGUGAUAGUGGCUGGCUAGCUGAUGGCAGCGUCCGCUAUCCUAUCUCUAGACCUCGACGACGUUGCAGUCCCACAGAAGCAGCAGUGCGUUUUGUGGGAUUUCCUGACAAAAAGCACAAAUUGUAUGGUGUCUAUUGUUUCCGAGCGUAUAACUGAGACGGAGGGAGAAAAUCCAUUCAUCUCUGAACACAUAAAGGAUUUAUUCUUAAAAAAACAAAAAAAAAACAAAAUCAUUUUUCCAAAACUGUGAGAAACUUUUUUUUUUACUUUUACUUACUGUAAGACAAAGCAAAAUCAUUUUCAUACAAAAUAGGUAAAUGAUUCUUUUUUGUAAAAUGAAAACUGAUCAUUUCAUUAAUAGACAUUUUCAAAUAUUUUAAACUUAAAUUAAUGUCUGGAAAAUUAUAUAUAUUAUUGUAGUCGAAGUUAAAAAAAAUGAAGAAUGAUUAACUUAUAUCAUCCCAACAGAAACAAACUUCCGUGGGUGAAUGAGGCAUGCAGCAGCUUGAAAUUUUGCUAGGGCUGAUAUAUAAACAUAGCAAAGCUUGUUGAAGUGGAUAUUAAUAUUUUAUGGAUAUUUUUUCAUAUGUAAAUCUGCACUGCUAGGAAAUACAGAACAUUACAGGAUAGAAGUGAAACAGUACCAAGUUUUUCCAUUCCAUUCCAAGUUUUUCCAACCCAAUGGGGUUGCUGUAAAUUUGCUACCUUACAGCAAUUAUUAAAUGGCGUAUUUGUCAAACUGUUUUUGGAAUUAUUGUCUCAAGAAGAAUGAGGUACACUUUUGGGCUUAUUCUUUACAUAAAGAACAUGGGCAUGAAUACUGUAUUAUCUCAAUUGUUAUGAAAUAAUUAGAUGAUUUUUGCUGUAGAGUUAAUUUGAAAAAUAAGCAAGUAAAAGACAUAGAAUGUUAAAUGACCCAUUCCUGUCAGAGCUGACAAUGAAAGCUUUUCAAGCAACCUGAACAGGAAAUAACAUUUCAGUCAUAAUUUCCAAGAGCUGUAGUUUAGAUAAGGGAGAGAUCAGAGGGGACUACCUACAUAAUAACCCAGUGUUUCUAGCAGCUGCAUGUGGGAUCUUGUUGUUUCACUAUGUAGGAAACCAGCAUUCACCCCUCACCCUUGGCCUUUUUUGAAAUGCCAUUCAGAGACAUCUGGCUAAAAAGCUGGUGUUAGAUGCUCUGACACAGCCCAAUGAGUAAUUCCUAUAACUGUGUCCCAUGAUGCUGAAAGGACCUAAACAAGUUUUCAGAAAAGCAAUGUUUGAACAUACUAUUGCUAAAUGUUUAAGCAUCUAUAGAUCAGACAACAAUCAACACCUAACCAUAAAAAUCAUUCCAUCAUUUAAAAAAACAAAUAUGUCCUCACAAUCAUUACAGUAUAGAAUUUGGGAAAAAUAAGUUUGCGGUGUUACAUUUUGAUGCUACUCAGGGCAGAUCUCCCUCCAACAACUAGCAGCUUGAUUUUUAGAUAGCUUUUGUAAUGCUAUGAAAGGCAUUAAUGCACAAUUGAACUGUUUUCUCACUCUAUUUUGCAUUGAAACACUGUGAAAGCCAUGAGGCUUUAAAUGUGUUACGUUACAGGUGCUCAUUCAUUUUAUAAACAAUCGCCACUAAAUUAGCCAAUAGAGUAUGUGCUUUUAAUAUCAUGCGUUCACAUGAAGGCAGAAAUGACAUUGCUGGCAAUAUCAUGCAUUUUAAGUGUGAGGGAUACCAAUUCCAGUGAACAAAUCAGUUCACUGACUGCAGAAGCCAGUAACAAAACUGUACUAUGGCAUACAGACCAUGUCUGAAGGCAUAAAAGUCCUAAUAGAAUUAAUCCUUGCACAGCAUUUUUUUUUCUUAAUUAUAUUUUCAGCAUCAAUAGUAAGAUUAGUUACUAUUUGAUUAUGUACAUAUCUGAUAGUAAUAGUAUAUGAGGCUAUUAUUUGUAUCUACAUGUAAAAUACUUUUUGAACUAAAUUUGAGAAAGAAAAAAAUAAAGUCUUGAAAACAUUAA